AUGGUGCUCCUUGCUCUUCUAAGCCGAGCAGGGACACACGGAGGGCAGGAGGCCGCCGAUCUGCCUGGGUCCGCAGCUGGGCCAUCUGGAGACAUUUCCGAGAUUACGUCCCUGUCUUCGCUGGUUAAAACCGCAGAACUGGAUCCCUCUGGCAACUACCUCUUCGGCUUCCACCCUCACUGGGUCCUGGUCACCGGGGCCUUCAGCAACUUCUGCACGGAGGCCAGCGGCUUCUCCAGCCUCUUCCCCUGCCUCCUGCCAUACCUCCUCAUGCUGCCUUGUUGGUUCUACCUCCCUCUCUUCCGGGACUACAUCAUGUGUCGUGGCCAGCGGCCGCCUAUCUGUUGUCCCGGCCUGGGGGGCGGCCAGGUGGCGGUCCUGGCCGUGGGAGGGCCCCUGGAAGCGCUGGAAGCAAAAGCCGGCGAGCUGAUUUUGUGGAUCCGGAAUCAGAAGGGCUUUGUCCCGUUGGGCCUCCCCGGCCCUGCUUUCUCUUUCGGGCACAACGAGCUCUUCCAGCAGUUCCCAAACCCUCCCGGCUCGCGGUUGCGGAGAGCGCAGGAGGCGCUGCCGCCGCUGCUGAGCGUGGCCCUGCCGCUGUUUCAAGGCCCCUUGGGCCUCCUCCUGCCUUUCCGCACGCCCAUCCACACCGUCGUGGGGGCCCCGAUCCCGGUGCAGCGAAACCCGCGGCCCAGCCGGGAGCAGGUGGACGCGCUGCACGCGCUGUCGGUGGAGCGGCUCGCGCAGCGGUUCGACGAGCGCAAGGCGCGCCACGGCCUCGCCGCCCACCCGCACCUCCUCCUCGCCCGGCGCCCGCGGCGGCGGUGCGACCGGAGGGAAAUUAAACGUGGCAACAGAGCUGCGCCUCCCAGCUCCGCCCAGCGACCAGCCCAAAACGACUAA